AUGUUCGAAUUCAUCCUCACCCUCCUGCUGGCCGCAGUCCUCAUGGCCGUCAUCAUGGCCGCCAGCGUCGCCAUCACCAUGCCCUUCUCCGGCGCUCUCGUCCGCCUCCGCGCCAACUACAACCCCCACGCCGUCGGCCUUGGUCAAGAGGCUAGGGUUGGCCCGACACUUCACACCCUUCUGGGGACCCUCAAACGUACAAAGGAGCUGGAGGGGUGGUGGGGACUCUGGAAAGGGACUUUUCCGACCCUUGUCUACUCUACUUUGAUCUCCAUACUCUCAAUUGCCUUUGUGGGCGGGUCCGCCACCAAAGGGCCCAAGAACACAUAUAGUGUCCCCGAAGCAGGAGGCGUGUCGAUGGCCAUCUUUACAAUCAUAUUGACGCUGAUAGCCCUUCCCAUGACCGUCAUUAUCAAUCGUUCGAUCAUAACCCCGUACAAAUUACCCAACUCCCCCGCCGCAUCGCUUCGAAUUCUUCUGACACCAGUUGAGAUUUCGAAACCCUAUCUCCUCUACUUGACCCCCGGACUUUUAGCGACAACCUUUGCCCAUGCGCUCUGUGCGACUCUGAUUGCCCGAACUAUGCGCGUCUUCUUUUUGGGGACAGCUGUCAUUACAGAAGAGACCACAGCCGACAUUGCUUGGUGGCGUUGGCUGCUGUACUUUGUGUGGCAGUGCUUGGCUACACUCUGGUUCACGCCAUUGGAAGUCAUUGCUACUCGGUUGUCCGUUCAACCAAACACUGGAGGUGCCAUGCCUAUGGAGGGGGCAGAAGACGAGCCGCUGGAAGGGGUCUCCUUCUGCGGCACAGAUGAGGACGUGAUCGGGCUACGUCCCGCCACGGAGCCGUAUAAUGGAUUGGUGGAUUGUGCUCGGAAGAUUGUGGAGGAGGAAGGAUGGCCCAGUCUUUAUCGAGGAUUCUGGUUCACAAUGUUGGGCAAUGUGUUUGGAAGCACAAUGGCCUGA